GGGCUCAAUUCUCUUGUUUCAUCACGGAGUGUAACUAGCGCACUUCAAUUUUGACCUCAAUUGGAACUCCUAAAGUAGGAAAUAUUAACUUAUUAUUCUCCGUAAUCAACUUCAAUUGCAAUUCGUACUUGCAUUAACUUGGAGUCAUCAUCUAAAAGAAUUCCAAAUUGACUUCAUCUAAGAACUUCUCUUCUACUAGGAUUUAAUCUGCCUGAUUUGAGAUCUAUUAAUGUGUAUAAAUAUCAACUCAUCUUCUUCUCUUUUGCAUCUUUAAUUUCACUCCCAGCAAUUUGCAAAGGCCAUCAAAAUUCCUGAAGGCAUAAGCUCGAUCAAUAUCUCUGAAGCUGUAAAGCAAUAGGUGAAUUACCUUUUCCAUUCUUUAUGAAGUUAUUUUUCUUUUUACCGUAUUGCAUGGGAUAUGUCAAGCUUCGGAAGUUAUCAUGCUUGGUCAAACUCAUCUUUAACCAACCGGCGUUCAAAAUCCAGAGGCAUAAAAUUUGCUUUCAAAAUCCCAGUUGCAGAAGAAACUUGGCUGAGAGAAGGGAUCUGCCAUGUCAAUUCGUUGCUCUUGCCUGGUGCUCUGUCCAAGAAGAACAGGUUUGGUUGAUUGCGGACAACACCCAGAGCAGAUCAUCGCUCCUCUUACUUGCCGCCGGACUGAUGGUGCUGCUGGCCGGAUUGUUGGUGCCGCUUGUUGGAGAGAGAAGAUGCCGCCGUUCCUAUUUCCGCUGACGCUGUUAUGCCACCACGCCGUCAGAAAUUGAUCCAAGAAUCCGAAGUGGUCUGUCAAAUUGCUGGUGGCUAUAUUUAUACAAAUCAAGAAGAAAGUAGCUGGUUGACGGUGCCCGAGAAGAUGAUGGAGCUAAUCUUUGUUGCUGAUUUCUGGCGAGCUCUGUGUGGUCGGAUGCUGAUCUUGGGGUUCAAUUCCGAUGGUGAGCAGCAGACGGAGGCUUCAAGAAGGAUUGCUGGUGUCAGAUGUUGCGGAAGCUAGUUGGUGUUUGGAGAAGAUACUACCAGAUGAGUUGAUGCUGCCGUCGAAGGUCACUAACCGGAGAAGAUGCUGGUCGGAGUUCAGUUGAUGCGGCGGAGAUGAUGCUGGUUCGUCUAUUGGGCUUCUAAAUUCGGAGGAGCAAAGUAGAAUUUUCCCGGAGCUGCUGAGAUUGAGACGCUACCUGCCAAAGUUUUGUUGAUGCGGCAAUUCAAAGUCGAUUCAAGGAGGUGGGCCUGCAGUGAGGUUCUUCCAUAGUUGUAGCCAUCCGUUUUAUUUAUUUUGACCGCUGGUGCAGAGAAGAAAUUACUUGUGCUGCUCGCUGGACCGCUGGUGUCGAAUGUUGAAGCUGCGCCAGCUUGUUGGUGUAGGAGAAGCUGCUGGGAGAUGAGUUGAUGAGAUCGAGAUGUUGUCUUGUCGGCCAGAAUUUUUUUGAUGCGGCAACUCAAAGUUGAUUCAAGGAGGGGGCCCGCAGCAAGAUUCUUCCGGAGCUGUUGCGGUUGGAGGCGUGGCUGCAGCUUUCUCGAGAAGAAGGAAAUUGAUCGAUGUUUCACGCGAUGCUCGUGCGAAGGAGAUGACGGGAGGGUGAGGCCAAUCGCUGAGUUGUUGUCGUGCUUGUUCGAGGAAGACGACCGGAGAAGUUCUGCACUUUGGAGAUUUCCGUCGCUGCUGCGUUUAGUUUUCUGAGAAGCCGUGCUCAACUGCUCAUCUGCGAACAAGACAGCAGGAUAUGGAUAUUCCUAAAAGACUUGGGCCAUGGGCCUUAUUUAAUGGUUAUUGGGCCCAAUGACUAUUAAACCUGCUCGAAAUAAGGAGACCCGAUUUCCUGAUGUUUCAAGUGAUUUGCUCAUGGUGCCAUUUAUUGAAGAGGAAGGAGCUAGGCCUAUUGUUGGGUUAGUGGCACUGAUAUAAAGAAUUAGGCUGAUUGCCGGUAGUCGGUGUCGUUUGGGGCCUUUGGUUGGGCUAGUGGCACCGAUCUAAAGAAUUAAGCCGAUUGCCGGUCAUCAGUGCUGCUUAGGGCCCUUGGUUGGGCUAGUGGCACUGAUCUAAAACAUUAGGCCGAUUGCCGGUCGUCGGUGUCACAUGGGGCCCUUGGUUGGACUAGUGGCACUGAUCUAAAGAAUUUCCCAGUGAUGUCCUGUGAAUACAAAGCCCUGCUGAUGCCAUUUAUGAAGGGCGGCUAUUUCGCCGUUUGUGAAGGCUGGCCAUUUUGCCAGUUUGAAUGACGACCACUUCGCCGGUCUGAGGGUUACAGCGGCGUCGCUUGGUACAUUGUUAUGAUAGUGGCACUGAUAGAAGAUGAUGUUCGAAGUUCAACUCAAUCACUUUCAGGUGAGGCGCAGACUUGAGAACUCCCACAUCCUGGUAAGGCUUUGUUUUUUGUAACCUCUUUGCUGAAAAACUAGAUUGGGUUUUGUUUUGUUAUAACUGAACUUGAUGGAUAAGUGUACCCGGGGGUAUCUAUCCGAGGGGUUACUGCGGGAAAUAACUAGAGAGAAGUCAGAGCAAAAGUAAGAGAGAGAAUAUAUAUUGCUGAGAAUGCGUUGAGUGUAUUGAACAUGGAUUACAAAUGGGGAAAAGGGGUGCUAUUUAUAGUAGCAAUAAAUGCCAGAUAGGGACACAUGUCAUCAUUCUGGUGGUCGAGGGGUCACCUCAACGGGGUGGCACUGGCACUCGCAUGUGGCCGCAUUGAAUGCGGUGGUUGGAUGUGACAUUUGUACUCGGUACGUUGAUCCGGCGCAUGUGGGUGGGAGAUUCUGUCGAGGAGAUGCCUUCGGCCGUAGAUGAUUGGCUGAAGGCUCUUCAUACCGGGGGCUCUAGGUGCCGAGGGCUACUGUUUUUGCCGCUUUCUCUCAGACACUUUGAGGGCUGUAAAGAAGCCGUAGGUAACACAGGGGGGACUCCACCAGCCAGCGGAAGAAGUGGGCUCAAUCGCUAUACGUAGGGGAAGUCACUCAUAUGCCCCCGGUAAAGCGGCUGAGGGAGGAGCCCUUCACAUUCACAAACGCCGAUCUCCCCCCUGCUUCCUCUCCUCACAGGGAUGCUUUGGUGAUCCAAAGCAAAAUAAACAACACCAUCAUUCAUCGAACUUACAUUGACACGGGCAACUCCGUCAAUGUAAUGUACCUCAGCACAUUCAGAGAGCUGCAUCUGGAGAGGGGGUCCCUUCGGCCCAUAAAGAUCCCUCUUGCUGGCUUCACUGGAGACACCAUUGACUCAGAGGGGGUCAUAACCCUCCUGGUACUAUUCGGUGACGGGCUCCAUAGAGCCAAGCUCGAAGUGGAGUUCGUCGUCGUCAACAUCGACUGCGCCCACAACAUCAUCCUCGGCAGACCAGCCCUCGAGGACCUCGAAGCCAUCAUCUCCAUGAGGCAUCUGUGCCUCAAGUUCCCCACCGAGGGAGGCAUCGGAUACUCAAGGGGGAAUCAAAAACUUGCCCGCGCUUGCUACAUUCAAGUGACAAAGAAGGUUAGUAAGACCGAGUUCUGAGUUCACACCAUCACCGGAACCGUGGAGGAAGAAGAGAAGAGGCCGAGGGCUGAGCCCGCCGAGGAAGUAGAAGACUUCGCACUCGAUCCGGCCAAGCCGGAGAGAGUUGUGAAGAUUGGAGCCAAGCUCCCCGAAGACCUAAAGACCAGCAUAACUGAAGCCCUCCGCGCCUACUCCAUUGUUUUUGCAUGGGGGCCAGAGGACAUGCCCGGAAUCAGCCGAAGGGUCAUCACCCACCGCCUCUCGGUGGGCCCUUCGGUCAAACCUAUACAACAGCGAAGAAGACCCCUCUCGGCCGAGAGGAGGGAAAUUGUGAAGAGGGAGGUUGUCGUGCUCCUCUCCAUCAAGCACAUCAAUGAGGUGAAAUACCCCUCGUGGCUGGCGAACAUAGUCCUCGCACAGAAGCCACCCACCUUCCGCAUGCGCGUGGACUACACAGAUCUCAACAAGGCGUGCCCUAUGGACCCUUUCCCUCUGCCGAACAUCGAUCAACUCCUGGAUGAGACCGCGGGGUGUGAAAUCAUGUCGUUCCUCGAUGCAUUCCGUGGAUAUCACUAGAUUUUUAUGCAUGAGGAAGACGCGGAAAAAACAGCCUUCAUGACUCCCGAGGGCAUAUUCUGCUAUCUUGUCAUGGCCUUCGGCCUGAAGAACUCAGGCGCCACCUACACCCGAAUGGUGGCCAGAGUCUUUCAGGCCGUCCUAGGACGCACCAUGGAGGCCUAUGUUGACGACAUGAUCGUCAAAAGCAAACAAUCAUCGAGCCAUGCUGACGACCUCCGGAAGAUCUUCGCCAUCAUGCAAAAGUUCAACCUUCGGCUAAACCAGAAGAAAUGCACCUUCGGCGUUCAAGGAGGCAAAUUUUUAGGCUACAUGGUGAGCCAAAGGGGUAUUGAGGUCAACCCCGAGAAAAUCCAGGCCAUCAUCAACAUGGAGCCCCCACGUAACGUGAAAGAGGUCCAACGGUUGACGGGCCGCCUGGCAGCCCUCAACCGCUUCCUAUCCAAAUCGGCUGAGAAGUCUUACCCUUCUUCCAGAUCAUGAGGAAGACCGCCGGCUUCCAAUGGACCUCAGAAUGCAAGGAGGCCUUCGACGAGCUGAAACGAUACUUAUUUUCACCCCCUGUGCUCUCCAAACCCAUGGUGGGGGAAACCCUAUACCUCUACCUUGGAGUCGGCCCGGCUGCCAUCAGCUCAGUGCUCAUCUGGGAGGAAGAUGGCGUUCAACAUGCCAUCUUCUAUGUUGGCAAGACCCUCAGGGAGGCCGAACUCAGGUACUCCCCCGCGGAAAAGAUAGUCCUAGCCAUUGUUUGGACUGUGAAGAAGCUUGGCCACUACUUUCAGGCCCAUCCGGUCCAGGUCCUCACUCACCAACCCCUCGGCGCCUUGAUGAGGAGCCCCGUCAGCUCCACCCGAAUGGUAAAAUGGGCCAUCUUCCUUAGCCAAUAUAACAUUGACAUCCGUCUGAGGUCUGCCAUAAGGGGCCAAGCCCUGGCGGACUUCGUAACAGAGUGCACGGCCAGAUCAACAGUAGAUGAGGAGCCCUCGGCACCUUCGGACAAGUGGUGGACCCUCUAUUCUGAUGGCUCCUCAGCCACCAAAGCAUGCGGGAGAGGAGUAGUUCUCAUUACUCCCGAAGGCUUCCGGGCCUACUAUGCCAUCCGCUUCUCCUUCAAAGUCUCCAAUAACGAAGCGGAAUAUGAAGCCCUCCUCUGUGACCUUCGACUGGCAGCGAAUAUGAAGGCCAGAAUGAUCCACGUCAAGUGUGACACCAAGCUUGUCGUGGGCCAAAUCUCUGGGGAAUACGAGGCCAAGGAAGGGAGGAUGAAACAAUACAGGGAGGCGGCUAAAGAAUUGCUCAAGGUAUUUGAGGCACACUCUCUCACCCAAAUACCGAGGGCUCAAAAUUCUGAGGUCGGCAUUUUAUCAAAACUCUCGGAUGAAUCCCCCGAGCACCUCUCACCCAAUAAAGGCAAGAGGACUGGAUCUCAGACAUCAUCGCCUUCAUCACCACAGGGCAACUACCCGAGGAUGAAGCUCGCUCCAAAUUAGCAAAGCUGAGGGCCCCCAACUACACCAUCGAAGACGGAAGGCUCUACAAACAAUCUUACAACGGCACACUACUCCGAUGCCUACAUCAAGACGAAGCCGAAGUCGCCAUGGAGGAAGUGCACAGUGGCACUUGCUCAGCUCACCAGGGACCCUUCUCUAUGUCCCGAAGGCUCAUAGUCCAAGGCUACUUCUGGCCUACAAUGGCCCGAGAUUGUGCGGAUCUCGCCCAAUAGUGUACCGCCUGUCAACACUUCCAGAAGGCCCCCGGCAGACCAGCGGUCAACUAUGCCCCCAUCAGCACAUCUAUACCCUUAUCUAGAUGGGGCAUAGACCUUGUGGGCCCUCUGUCGAGGGGUACCUCCAACAAUAGGUACAUCAUCGUUGCCAUUGACUACUUCACCAAGUGGGCGGAGGCUGAGCCCCUCGCCAGCAUUACUGAGGCCAGGUGCCGCCACUUUGUCCUAAAGAACAUUCUCACAAGGUUUGGCGUCCCCCAACAAAUCAUCUCCGACAACGGAACCCAAUUUGAGGCAGCCUUCUUCUGUGCCCUCCUAGAGGCAUGGGGCAUCAAGCACACCUUCUCAUCCGUUGCUUACCCUCAAGGCAACGAUCAAAUGGAGAACGCCAACCGGACAUUACUUGAGGGCCUAAAAAAGAAGCUGGAGGCCGAAGGGGGAGGCUGGGUAGAAGAACUCCACAACAUCCUAUGGGCUUACCGCACCACCCCUCAGCGGGCAACAGGUGAAACACCCUUCUCCCUGUGCUAUGGAUUUGAGGCUAAAGCUCCCACGGAGGUGACCCUUCCUACUCGAAGGGUAGCCCAAUAUGAUCCCGAAGUCAACGACGCUAAUAUGGCCCUCGACCUUCACCUCAUCUCAGAACGCCGAGAGUAAGCCUUCAUACGAGCGGAAAACUACCGAAGGCAAGUGAAGGGCUAUAUCGACGCCAAGGUCCGCUCUCGAGAAUUCCAAGUGGGGGAUUAUGUCCUACGACGGAGGGAAGCUAGCCAAUCAACUGAGGGCGGCAAGAUGGUACCUAAGUUUGAGGGCCCAUACAUCGUAGUGGCCAUCAUCAAAUCGGGGACUUACAAACUCAAACGCCCCAGUGGGGAAGAGGUCCCUAGACAUUGGAAUGUACAUCACCUAGUUAAAUUUUAUCACUAAUAUUAGAGGGUCAAGACCUCAUAACUAAUGAAUGUAUUAUCAUACGGCCCAAGGCCUUCAAAUUUAGAGACAUAUUGAAGACACCAAGAAUAAGAAACAAGACACAUAUGAGCGGCCAAGCCCUCAUGCGGACUACUGGCCCAAGGCCUUAUCACAAGCAAGACCCUUUGGCACCAAGUGCCGAGGGUAGACACUCCCAUCACCUACGACAAAUGAAGAAAACACCAAGUGUUUUUCAGAAGACCCCUCGGUACCAAGUGCCGAGGGACCGUACUCCUAUCAACUCCAGACAGCGGAAAACAUCAAGUGUCUCCUUUGAAGACCCCUCGGGGGCCAUAUGUCGAAACAAACACCAAGUGUUGUUUCGAAAGCCGUACCCCUCGAGGACGCAUUUAUACCGAAGGCACCACCUAUCGGUGCCGGCAGCACGUAGUGCCCCCGGCCAUUUGUAACCAGUGCACAAAUGAAAACCCUUCCUUGAAACGCUUUCCGCGUCAUUACCCCAAGGGAAUCACAGACAUCUAAUAUGCCCAGGAUUCGACUUCCAAAACGAAACGCUCCCCGCGCCAUUACCCAAGGGUAUGGCAGGCCACAGACUAUGUCUCGCGCCGAGAGGACGACUUUCAAAACUGGGGCGCUUUCCGUGCCAUCCCCCAAGGGGAGGCAGGCUACAGACUGUGUCCUAUGCCGAGGAAAUGACCCUCGAUCCCCUCGGAACUCGGAAGGUUAACCCGAGGGGGGAGCUAAUGGUGUAUGCUGUUGCCUCCCGAUAGGCCAAGCCUUACCAAGAAACCAAGUUUCUUGAAGCCUUCCCUUCACUCCCAAAAAAAAAGGUGAAGGGGAGUAGACUCAAAGAGCAAUCAAUGAGUACAUAACUCCAACAAUCCACAACGGAACACCCUUCAGCAAACAGCAAGAAGGAUCAUCACAAGACAAUACAAAUCAUACCGAGGGCUCCCCAAGGGAACGCCUCUGAUACCUGGGGACUACUAAUUCCAGAAGGCCGCUAUUCAACAAAGGCUACCGAAAAAUGGCUAAGUCCAAUGUCUGGAUUAACCAACAAAUACCGGUGCCCCUCUGACGUCAAACAACACUGAGGGAUCUCCAAAGGAAUGCCCCCGUUCACCAUACAUCAAAUAUCAGUCAGGUCUACAAACUGGUGGCCUCCGGCAUCAACGAAUACCGAGGCUCUAAUCCUGCUAAAGGAUUAAAAAUGGCCAAGUCCACUCAACAACGACUCAAGGGAUACCGAAGGCAUCCACUUUCCGUCCGCCCUUACUACAUCAUGAAUGUCUUACAAAAUUUUCCUAAGUCCGCACUUUGGAGCCAUUAUGGCCGAGGGCGCCUCCUACACAAUACCGAAGGCAAGUACCCACAGACAUGAUCUUGAAAUUCCUAAGUCCAAGUCCCAGCAACCCCCAACGUUACAACCAACGCCGGAGGUUAGUACUCACAUGGCUCAUUUACCGAAGGCCAAGUGACAAGUAACAUGUAGAAAAAUGUCUAAAUUCUAAAUGGUUGGCCCUCGGUCAAAUCUCCAUGCAGCCAGAGGGGUCACACAACCGAAGGCUCUGUGGUGAAACCACACUUAGAAAAAUGUCUAAAUUCUAAAUUGUUGGCCCUCGGUCAAAUCUCCAUGCAGCCAGAGGGGUCACACAACCAAAGGCUCUGUGGUGAAACCACACUUGGAAAAAUUUUCUAAGUCCUACAUAUUUGGCCCUCGGUCAAAUCUCCAUGCAGCCGGAGGGGUUGCACAACCGAAGGCUUUGGUGAAACUACACUUGGAAUAUUUUUUCUAAUUCCUAAAUGUUAGGCCUUCGGCCAUACAUAUAGCCAGGCAUACAUUCACGCACAAAGGAAAAGAAAGUCGGGGAAGGACGAAGGCAUACAAAAGAGAAUGACAACCGAGGGAAAAAGUUGUGAACAAAAGAGAAAAAUAUUCUAAGUCCUGAAAUUUUGGGCCCUCGGUCAAAUCGUGACGGCUGCCCAAGUUCAGAGGGAAGCAUCUGUCGUGGGUCUAGUAUUGAACAAACACUUAGAAUGAUUUUCUAAGUCCUAAAUGAUUGGCCCCCGGUCAAAUCAUAAUGCAAACAUACAUGCAUACAUGAAAGGAACGUAAAGAAAAACGAAGGCCAUUCACUCACCAGAAGGGAAGAAAAGAGUAAAUUCAAACAUUAAAGCCCGAAGGCAUAUCAUUCAUUCGGAAGAUAGCAUUCAAAUGCAAGGGCGGUAAACGUGUUCAAUUACAAAUAUUGUUCAAAAGAUUUACAAAUACAAAGUUACUCGGCGGUUUUCUCCUCAACGGCCUUUGGAGUAACGUCCCCUUCAGCAUCUUUAAAGGUAACCUCUCCACCGACAUUCUCCUCGGCACCACCAUCGUCGGACCCCCCAUCAUCAUAGAAUCUUCAAUCACUGGUCUUUCUUCGCCCGGGGGGAGGGGAUUCUCACAUCAGGUUUCAAUGGGGGAAGGUCGUACACCGUCGGGUCAAACUAAUCGAGGGAGACGUUGAAGUGACGAGCGAGCCUCCAGUAUAUCAGGUGCUGGGUGAAGAACUCACCCCCUUGGUAGUAGCAGUCGCCUCUCUCGGCCAACCACUCCUUGUCAGGGCCUUCAACCCAUACAUCUAUCUUCUUCUGCACAACGGAGGAGACCCAUUCUUCCCUAUCAGCAGCCUCCCAGCCUUCGGCAGUGAAGGCAUCAACCACGGCUUUCCCAGCUUUCGCUACCGCCUCGUUCUUGGCCCUCUCGACCUUGUCGGCGGCUCUCUUGGCGACCUCGGCAGCAGCACUCUCGGCCUCAGCCUUCCCCUCGGGCUUGGCCUCUGCUAUGGCAAUCUCCAUCUUCAGCUCCAUCUGUUGAAGGGUCUCCUCCAGCUUGCACAUUUCCCUAAGGGAAGCAUCUUUUUCAAGGAUAAGCUUCCUCAGGGACUCCUCCUGCUGGGCCUUCUGGAGGCGCCAUUCUUCCAGCCGUCGGGCCUGUUCACCGAGGGCUAUGCAGGCCUAUAAGCAAUGAACAAAGGAAUCAAGUUAUCAUUCAGGAUGUGCUAAGUGAAUGAAAAAGAAAACUAAGGAACAGAGACUUACGGUAAGGGAUGACCGGAGGAUCUUGCUCUCGAAGGAAGCAUCGUCGUAAGUGCCGAGAGCCUCCAUAUCCAUCGCCGAAGUAAUUACCCGCAGGAAGGCCUUCGGCUCAACCGUGGCGUGCAUCACGGAAGUUCCGGGGGCCAGGGAGAAUUUCACAGUCUCCCGGGGGAAAUCUUCCAAAGGAAGAUCAGAAGGAGCCGUCGCCACCUCAGCACGUGGCUCAGAAGUGGAAUGUUCAUCCACUAUCAUAAUCGAGGGAUCAUCCUUCCCCGCAUUCCCCUUUUUGGGUUUCUUACCCUCAGGACCACCGCCCUUCCCGGCGGCCUUCCUCUUCUCCGCAACGUCAGCUCCUUGGGAGCCUCCAGCCACAUCAACGGUGGCAACAGCCGUAGAAGGCACCACCACCUCCUUCUGAAAAAAGGCACUGACGGGUUGCUGACCCGAGGGAUCCUUCUUCUUGACUUGGGCCUUGCCCUUCUUCUUCUUCAUAGCAAACAGAGCGUUCGCGUCCAUGUGAUUACCUGCAAAAAGAAAACACAAGAUGGUUAGAUCGAGGGGUAGAAAGCACGAAUAGAAAUUAAAGUACAAAAUUCCUAAGUACAAAAUAUAAGGCCCCGGCAACUACCUCCUGUUCCCCUGAAGGCUCUAUCAAGGAUGGGGUACUUCUCGACUGUUUCCCCCAAGAAGCGGUACCACCGGAAGCCGAGGGAAUACAAAUCGCUCUCGAGGAUGCAUUCUUUGGUGGUUACGUUCUUAUUCCGCCCCUCCGGGAUCUUGGAAAUCUUAAGACCAUCUUUUUUGAGGGAGGCACUUCCCACCCUCUCAUGCCGACGAAAACGAUCCUGCAACUCCCUCGGGAAGGGGCUCUCAUCCAGUCUCACAUAACACCAUCGCUCCUUCUAGCCUUUAUUUGAGGAGGGCGCCUCAGUGAACAACUUCCAAUGGGCUAUCUGCUACAGGUUCGCGAAGCCCUCGGCAUUCGCAUGGCCUCCCCGGCACAGGUUGAAACUUUGGAAGAAAAGGUCCAAGCUAGGGGUUACCCCCUGGGACAGGCAGAGGUGCAGGAACCCGAUAAUAUAAGAGUGACUGUUGGCAGGGGGCUAAGUCAACGAACCUGAGGUACUCCCGAAGGAAUGGGUGCAAUGGGAACCGAAGGCCCACCGACACUGAAAGAAUGUCAACCGCUAUGCACCCCUCAGGAGGUCGGAACAGGAUAUCCUCAGGGCCUGGCUCUAUCACUGUUGCCGAUGGACCAACAUGCAGCUGUGUGACGUAGCAUUCUGCCCUAUCAGCCUUCGACUUUAUAUCGAGGGUGGCGGUGUUAAGGAAGGAAUAACCCUCGGGCAGAUCGAUGGGUUUUCCUUGAUCAGCAACGCUACCCUUCUUCUUGGGAGCGGGAGCCUUCGUCUUCUUCUUCUUCCCGGGGGCUACCCUGAGGGGAGUCGGGUUCAGCGGCCGAGAGUUGCUUGCCUCACCAGCAUUACGAGGGGAGGGGACCGCAAUAGUAACCCUCAUCCUCUCCCUCUCCUUCUCCUCCUCUUCAAUGGCCGUGUGCAUGGCGAGGGCCAUCUCCUCGUCUUCCACCACUUGUUCGAACUCCUCCGCCUCGGCUUCGGUCACUAACUCCUUCUGAACCUCCAUAGCGAGGGCAACAUCACCAUUCCCCGAGGACUGACUGCUUGCAGACUCGACGUCCGAAAUACCCUCCUCCUCAGCCGAGGGCUCCCUUGAGACAUUUUGGGAAUCACUUGCAGAUGACAUUUUAUUUUUCGGAAACUAGGGGUCGAGGGUUUAAGAGACCGAAGGCUUUCUAUGGGGCUCUAACACCUAAUCUAAGUCCGGAGAGCAAAACUUACUAAAAGGGCGAAGAACAGAUGGAGAACUGACCUCAUAAAUAGGAGUUUGAUCGAAAGCAGGUUUCUCUCUCUAGAAAAAUUUCGGCAGAGCUUCGAUACAGUAUGAUCGCGCAAGAAGAAUAGCCUUGGCCUUGGGGUAUUUAUAGGCCUCCCACUCCGGGCUUGGGCCAAGAAACCGGGCCCCCGAUGGAAAGUCAUCAUUACACGCCGCCCCUUCCGCCAACCAGUGAUACCCGCCUGAAGCUAGCCAACAACUACACGCCACGUGGAUAUCACCUCCAACGGCUACAUUUUCAACGUUCCUUAUUCCAACGGUCUUAUCACAACGGCUAUAUUUUAGAAACACAAAGGUGCUCCCGGCCGGUACCCCUCAUACAACAUUACACUUGCAUUCGGGCUUUCUCCUUCAACACCCUUCGCACAACAAAUUGGGGCUGGCCCUCGGUCCAUCACAUUCAAACACCCCAUGUCAUAUGGGCCCCCGAGGUAACAAUGGAAAAGCCCCUCAAAACGUUGAGAACUAGGGAGUCCCCUUGGGGCAACACCUUCAAAUUCCCUCAUCAGUGGCUAGCCUCCGGCUAAAAUACCAUGGCACCCCUCAGCACACAGGAACGAUCACCGGCAUUCAUCAACAACGAACAAGCCCUCAGCCUCAUUGACUGGGGGACUACCCUCGGCAGUCCCCGGGAUGCUCGCUCAUGCUUAUCAAUUACGGAUGCCUUCGUAGGAAUGCUCCCGGCAGACCCUCCGGGAUAUUAACGAAGCCCCUCCAGCAACUCCACAGACAUGCCCUCAGAUCAAUGGUAGUCUUUGGCAUCAACUUUGUCCUUCAUCUCAGACCAAGGUUUCACCUUUUCGAUUCAUCAUUGGGGGAAUUCGGUGCACUCUUUUUCCUUAUUAGGAUUUUUUCCCACAAGGUUUUUUCAUAAUGAGGUUUUAAACGAGGCAUCCCCCCAAGAUGAAACAAAAAGUGUCCACCUUCGGCCCCGUACAAACAGCAGACACCACUCUACUCCUUUUCACCACUUUAUAAGUGCCUCAGGAGUGGGGGACUAGAGAACCUCUCCGGGAAUCGGGAAAAUAAAAAAAUGCUAAAAAAUUAUUCUCACAAAGCAUCAACACCCUUUAGUCCCAAAAUGUGAGGGACUGAAGGGCUGCCCCGGCAGAAUCGUGUGCAAACGCAAAAUCUCUCACAGGUUUACAAACAACACCAAGACAUCAUCAGAGGACAAACGCAUUUUACUCCUUUUACCUCAAGUACCUUUCGGCAAAAGGAGUGAGGAAGUCCUGAUGAGGUAUAUGGCCCAAGAACCCCCGGCCCAUAGACUCCCACUACUAUAGCUGAUAGAGUAUAUAUCUAGAGAGAAGUGAGAGCUAGAGAGAGAAGUGCAAGUAAAUGCUUCAAUAGAAUGAUUUUGUCACCCCUACAACUACUCCAAGAGGUAGUAUUUAUAGGGAAAAUACGGGCUGGGCUCCCAAGUCUUGGGCUAGGGAGGCCCAUUUUCAACUGGACCGCUAUUGGGCCGAAUACAAUGUGCGUAGAAAUGAUUAAGUGUAAAAUCCUAUUCUGGGGGCCGCUCGUGGCCGAUGAGGGCACGACCGACGAGGGCACGGCUGACGGGGACCUGGCCGACGAGGUCACCCGGUUCUCCUAGGUUACGGACCGUAUUCUGAGUUAGACUGCUUUCUGGCCGAUGGAGGUCAUAUGACCGACGAGGGUCCCACCAGGUGAUCGUGGUACCUUCUGUCCUUCCGAGUAUGUGGGCCAUGGGGUCCAGGCCCAUAUACUCCAUCAGGAGUCCCCCACUCUCUAAGCUGAGAUGUAGAUGAGGUGAAGGAGAGUAGAUUUCUGUGCUUGAUGCUCUUGGCCGACGUGGGACCACCCCGACCGUUUUCUGUCGUGGCGUUGGUGGCCCUGUUCUGGAUUUGGCCAUUACCUUCCCCUUGAUGUGGACGAUGAGCGUUCCGGUCAUGGGUGGCCGAUGGAGACAUUCUUUCCUUCUCACGACCUUUGGUGGCUGGAUUUUGUUUUUGGGCCGAGGAGGCCACUGCGGUUGUGUUCUUGCUUGAAGACGAUGAGCGUCCCUCAUCUUGAGUGUCCGUUAAGGGUGCUACUCACUCCUUAUGACCAUUGGUUAAAGUUCGUACUGUUGGCCGAGGAGGCCAUUGGGGCUACCUUUUGGUUGGACGAUGAGCGUCCUUGCUUAGUGGGUACGAUGAGCGCCCUUUGUCAUGAAUGGCCGAUGAAGGCCGUGCCCACUCGUGACAGUUGAUGGCUGAUCUUCGCUCUUUGGGGUCGAGGAGGCCUGUGUGGUUGUCUCUUGUUCGAGGAUGAUGAAUGUUCUUUUGUUCCCGGGUGGCCGGUGAGGGUGCGGUUUGCUUCUUAGCCGUUGACCGUGUUCUAUGUUUUUUGGCCGCAGUGGUGUUGUCCGUAGUCUGGCAUUCACGCUUUUGAGGACGAUAACGACACUGAUCCGGGAGGAGUGGUGCGUGUCCUGGUCUCAAAGCCGAUAAGUGCCUUGUGAUCUCAAGUGUUGCGCUUAUGGAGGGAAUUCUUUGUUCGCUAGCUUUGCUGCGGCCGAUGGUGCACCAUGAUGUUAUGGACGUUGUGGUGCAUGUCUGAUGUUGUAGUUGUGGACUUAGAAUAUUUUUGGAUUUUUCUGAUUUUGUCCUGGUUUGCAAAGGCCGAUGUAGUCCCCCAGUCCCCCAGUGCUUCAGGCUGAAGAGUAGGUGAGGGGUGAAGGAGUAAAGGAUUUACUGAGGCCGAAGCGGACUCUUGUAUACACCUGAAUCCAAUUCCUUGGCGAUUUCCUGGUCAAGGUAACCAUGUGGGAGAACCCAUGGACGCAGGUCACUUUCAAGAAAUUAUCAUCAGGGUUUUAUACAGGGCCGAUGGCGUGGGGUUUCUUGGUGGUUUUACCGCCGUGGCCAUUGAGAAGGCCAUGCAAUUGGCAUUCUGUUCAAGCCAAUGUGGACGUGCCUUGAGAUGUGACCUAUCCAUUUGAAGUAUCUCUGUGUUGAGGCCGAUGUGGGCACGCUUUAUUAGUGUGGCCGUUGAGUGGUUGGCCUGUUAGUGGUGAGCUGGUGUUGUGGAAGUGGGCCUGACCCGACUUCUAAACUGGUGCAAGCCCAAUGGGCCUUGGGGGUGGUGGCCAUUCAUGUGGCCAAUGGGAGGUUUCCAUGUGUAGUGACCGUUGAGGGGAGGUCUAUAAAUACCCCCCUCCGAAGAGGUUCCUCAUUGCAUUCCUGAGAUAACGAAGUGCAGCUGAAUUUUCUAGAGAGAUAAAGUUCUUGCAAGUGUUCUUCGUGUUCAUCAAAGCUUCAAAGGUUAGUGCAUCGAAAUUUUCCUCUGUACUUUGCCUAUUUCGCUUCCUAGGCCAUUGAUCCUUUGUUAGUGGAGAAAUACCCUUAGAUCCAAAGUAGAAAUCUUUAGGCUCUAGUUAGUUGUUAUGAUGAAGCCUUUGGACGACGAGUACUACCCGUACGACGAUUAGCCCUCUGCUAAGUCUCUUGAUUAUCGGGUGGUAGAGGAGUGCUGUGAGGAGAUAGAGGAGUUGAGCUCCUUCAAGUCAGGGGAGGGUGAAGGUGAGGACGAAGAGGUCGCCUCGUCGUCUGAUGGUGAAGAUGUAGUGGCUUUACGUGCUGUGGACGGAGCGUCUACAUCGGCUGCAAUCCCUUGCCCGAAGCCGGUUUCUGCUGUAAAGGGAGCUGCUCUGACGAGAAGGCGGCGGCCGAAGAGGGGUCAAGGUUUCUCUUACCUAGAUCUCACCAACCUCUAUCUGAUCAAGCCGGAGAGUAAUGCGGCCGAUUACUUGGUGGCACAGAUGUACGUGGGGCCGUAUGGGCGGGUUAGGGCGCCCAAGCCGACGGAUCACGUGUUGAAUCCACCUCCGGGGUAUUUUGGAGUAUACCCCAUGAGCUUCGCAAAGGGACUUAGGUUUCCCCUUCACCCAUUCAUCACGAAGUAUCUGGACAUGGUGGGUCUCCCUCCAGCCUUGCUGACUCCCAACAGCUAUUCGCUCAUUGUCGGCUUUCUUCUCCGCUGCGAUGAGCUAGAUUUUAGGCCGACAACGACACUGUUCAUGAACCUGUACCAGAUUGGUCAAGGGAGCCACAAAAACUGUGCUGGUUACGCUAACCUCUAACAGCUGCCGAAGAAGAGGAGUUUCACUGACCUCCCUUCGUCUAUUCAUGGAUGGAAGAGCAAGUUCGUCUUCGUGUCCUUGGGUGAGGACGAUACGGAGUUUCCUUCAGUUGGUCACGACGGUAAGUUCACCCUGCAUGACGUGCCGAAGAGCAGUAUUUUGGAUGCCCAGGAAGCGGCGUUUCUGAAGGGCGGGCCGAGGAGCGUGAAACAUUACAUCACGGAAUACAAGAUGACCGCCCUCGGCUUCAUGAGGUAUCACGUUUAUGGUGACAAGGAAGGUGAUAUCGAGUUGUGGCCGAAGAUGACCACCACCAUUGAGGAGGCCGACGGCCCGGAUAUGGGCAUUCCUGCUGAUGCUGAUGACUUCGCUAUGGAUCAUAGAUCCGUCAUGGACCUAGCCAAAGCUAAGGCGAAGGAGAAGAUGGCCGCAAAGGAGGCUGCAAAGAUGGCCGCUGCGGGCGGCGCUCAACCAAGCUCUGAUGCGGCGAAGAAACCGCCAACGCAGCUGAAGAAGAAGCGGCCUGCCGAUGACGGCCAGAAAAAACUUACCGAGGCCGGCAUGCAAUCCAAGAAGCCGAAGAGGGCUUCUCCUCUGGCGGAUGCUGGUGUUGGGGGUAUGGCCAUACCGAAUGAUGAUGCCAGGGCUCAAAUGCCAUUACCGUUGUGGACGCGGUUUCGGUCCCCUCUUCGGCGAUCCUAUCUCAGCCGCCGCCUAUCGGCCAAGAGCCCUGUAAGCAAAGGGCCGGCAAGGAGCUGGCUGGCGGGACUUACAAGCUCGAGAUCGAGUAUCCUGUGAAGGGUGGCGUCUUCAAUGACGCCGUUGACGACCAUGAUGUCCUUGCCCGGGCUGUCUUGGUCGAGGAUCGGGCUUAUCUGAAGAAGCUGGGUCCCGUCAGGAUUUACAAUGGCGGGCGCUCUCAUGCUGAUGGAGAGCCACAAACGGCGGGAGCAGGAGAUUGCCCGUCUGAGGGAAGCCGAGAAGAAAGUUGCUUCAGCUGAGGAGGCCACGGCCUGCCUGGACCGGCUUCGGGAGGAAGUGAAGGCCCUUCAGAAGGGUGUUGAUGAGGCCGAUGUGGCCUACCGGCAGGUAGCGGCUGACCGUGAUGACGCUCUGAGGGCUAGGGAUGAAGCCCUACGAAGCCGUGAUGAGGCCCUGCUCCGGGCCGAAGAUGCCGCAAGGGCUCAGGCUGAUUCUGAGAGGGCCACUGAGAAGUCCGUUGACGGCGCCAUCGAGAGGUUCCUGGCCGAAGGCUGGAAAGCCGAUGACCACUGGCCCUGGUGCUAUGACGUCGUGGCAGACCGGCUCGAAGAUUGGGGCCAGAACUGCCCUGCUGGCCAAGAGUACUUUGCUCGUGAGAUGGAUGUCUACUACGACAUGGGUCAGCAGAGGAUGCAGCGGCUGAUAUACCGGAGGCUGCACCGGGCGUUUAAAAAGCUUAAGCUCACCCAGAAGUGGGAUAAGAAGAACAUGAAGCUUCCACGGCUGAUGAGGGAUCCUGAGGCCGAAGCGAAACUCCCCCCAUCUGAGAGGCAGGAUCCAGUGCUCAGCUCUUCAAUCGGUGAGCCUGACUGGUCCGAAGAUGACACUCUGGCCGAUACUGCCGUCUCCUCAGCAGCCGAUGCCAGCGGAGGUGCCAGGACGGAGGAGGCCGAAGCGGAGCGGGUGGCCGAUGAGACCGUCCCCGAGAGUUGAUCGACUGACUUAUCAUUUUGUAAUUUAGCUAGGCUGGUGUCUGUAAUGCCCUUCGUUUUUUGUAAUGGCCGUUGAGCCCUCCUUGUGUAAUGACCUUAUAUUAAUGAAAUAUGUUUCCGGCCU